AUGCCCUCGUCCCUUUCUGCUUUUGAUCACCUUCGAACCUCCUUUGUGGGACCGAAUGAUACCAUCAAGUGUAUAGAUGUGGAUAUUGCAGGUGAUCGCGUUUAUGCAGCGACUUUGGGUAACGGGGUUUAUGUAUGGGAACUCUUCCAGCGUCGCCAGCUCGCCUUGAUGCACCAUCCCGACUGGGUUAAUGCCGUGCGAUGCUAUCCACCGCCAGCCAACACUGCGAAAAACGAAGAUGGAUCCCCGGGGCAGUGCGUCUCCGUUUUGGAGUAUUUACGCGAUCGAGAGGCGAAUGCGAUGAGGGGGCGUGGUUCGGACGAGAGCGAGCCAGCCCCAGUCGAAAAGGUUUUGUGCGAACCGCCGAUCGUAACGGAGUGGGUCUUAACCGGCUGUGAGGAUGGUGUGGUUUCCGCGUGGUGCCCUGUAACCUUCCGUAUCCGGUCGCAGUGCAAACCCACCGAGGGCCCCAUCACGCAGCUCAUCCUCGCAAAAGGCCCCCAAUCUGCCGAAGCAGCACACUCCAGCCCACCACGUGCUGAGGAUGAGAAUCCAGUGAACGAAAAGACGGACCUCGAGGCGAUGCCAGGAGCACUGUUUCUGUGUUACGCUGUCAGCCUCGAAGACAUCUUUGUUCUGCGCGUGCGGUCGGGGCUGCAGUGUAUCCAUUACCUAUCGCACCCCGAAAUCUGCACAGCAGUGGAUGUUUUGACGACACCGUUCUUGCGGUAUUUGUUGGUAGGGCAGGAAAGCGGGUCGAUUAAGUGCUGGUCUUUGUCUGGGGAGAAAUUCGAGUACCAGGAGACGUUGCAUUAUCCCGCUGGUGAAUUAGAUGUUGAUGAGGAUGCGACCAAGAGCGUUGCAAUUCACGUGCCUCGCAUAAACAUCCGACGGAAUAUCGUAGCCAAUACCUUUGCGUAUAAUGUGCGACGCAGUGCCGAUCCAUCGGAUCCUGGGAUUCGGCUUACUCUUGAUGAGCAGCGGUUUCAAUACGAAAUGCGUAUCCCUGCGUCCAUCCCAUGGGGGACUCUGUUAAAGGGUUCUCAUGCUUCAGCCCUGCAGAAAGAGAUAUCUAGUGAACCGAGUGAAGCGCAUAUGAAGUAUGAUCAAAGACGGAUAACCUGUCUGGCAACAGGAAAACAGUAUUCCGAACUUAACUGUCGUUUUUUUUCUGGUCAUGCUAUGGGAGAGGUACUCGUAUGGGAAAAGAUCGUUGACAAUCAACCUAUUCUUUUGCUUAAGAAGAUUAAAUUGUUUGACAGCCCACAACGUUGGGUCUGGAAUCUCCAAGCAAUUGAGGUAUCGGUCCCCUCUGUAUGGUUCGCCAAGGAACUUUCUAUCAAGAAAAAGAAGCCAAAGAAGGGCACCUCUCCGCCUGCGAGUCAUCUACAGGAAGACGUUGCUAAAAGUGAUGAUUCAUUUUUAUUUCAACUUGUGGUCUGGGCAGACGACGGCCAGAUCGUGUAUUUGCAGGUUGGAAAGAGCGUGCUCAAGACCAACGGUCCUGGUUUUCUGGCUACAGCAUCCUACUGCUAUGCUAUAGAAAAUCCGCCUAAGGAUUCGACGGGUGAGAAACGGGAGACCAAAGUGACUCCAAGAUCGAAAAUUCGGGUUUCAGGUACCGCCCGUAGGUUGCCCCCUUUAGUUCGUGGUAAGGAUACUGGAUGUACAAAAGGGCACAUUACGAGCCAGUAUUUUAUUAUCAUGGGCAAUGCUGAAGGAAGAUUAGAGCAAUUCAAUGUAUCGUCUGUAGUUGCGAAACUUCUACACACAAACAUUAAAGCCUAG